AUGGCUCCUAAAACUUUCGCUUGGUCGAACAAGGAGGUCGAGACGUUCCUCGGCAUUCUUGGGGAGGUAGACGUGCAGAGGGAGCUUGAUGGAGCAGUGAGGAACGAGAAGGUCUUCCAGCUGGUUUCUGGUCGAAUGGCGAUUGCGGGGUACGAAAAGAACACCGAGCAGUGUCGGCGGAAAUGCAAGAAGCUCCGGGCCGAGUAUCGGAAGGUCAAAGACCACAACAGCCGCAGUGGCGUCCACAGAAAGAUGUGGAAGUGGUUCGAUAUCAUGGACGCAAUCUACGGACACCGACCGGCGAGUAGGGGAAGAGAGGGGGCCAUCGACACGGCCACCUCUCUGCUCGAGUCCAUGUUGGAGCCUACCGGUGUGGAACCUCGCUGCCAGGAAGUGCCUGACUCGGCCUUCCCAGAGGACGAAGACAUGGGGUCAAGCCGCUGUGUGAGCCCAACGUCACCACCAAGGACAUCUACACCAGUCCCAGCGGAGAGUGCUGCUCUUUGCAGCACCACCAACCCCACCUAUCCACGGCCUUUUGCCUUUGCCAAAAGAAGUAGGGCCAGUGACGUUGCAGCGAGCAUCCGGGAAAUGCAGGCAUCCGAGGAGAGGCGGCAGGAGCGGGAAGAGGAGCGGCUGGACCAUAGACUCCGGGUCGCUCGAGAGGAGGCCGUACAGGAUGCCAUCGAUGCUCGACUGCACGAGGAUCAACGCGCAAUGCAGCAGAUGGCGCAAGUUGCAGCCUUCAACACCGCCUUCCUCCAAAGCAUCAGCCAGCUGGUGCAGGCGUUUGGACACCGCGACCCUGUUCCGUGAUCCAGCCAUUCAGGGCCUGACCCUCUGAACCUUUUUUUUUU